UGAAAGCCUGGCUGUUUGAGAGAGUUUCCCCUGCUAUUGGCUGGCUGAUUUUAUUUUCAUAGUCCGGUUGUGGCUGAAUUUGUGACUCUGUCUCUUUUGUUGUAUGUGGAUUGCCGGUGGGAUUUUUGCACUGUUUGGGUCGGAUAUGGUUAUACAACGUACUCUGGGAUUGUGUAAUAAUCGUAACGAUGAUAAUGCAUGGUGGUAAUUCUCUCCACCUGUAAGGACUGGAGCCUGCAGGGGGAAAGCUCCUUGGAGCCGAGAUGAGAAGGUGCAGGCAAGAGGCGGGAUUUGAUUGCUGUGAAUCGGCAGGCAAGAGUAGGGAAGACAGACUCUCCUUCUGCUGCUGAAGAUGCUGCUAACUUUCUGCUGGGUGCUCUUCCCCCUGGUUGCUUCCAUUCAUCCGGAAUGCAAGAUAUUUCAACAGGUUAUGAAAGACAAGACACAGUGUUUAGAAAGGAAUGAAUCUCUUUUACCAGACUUCAAAGGAUGUGCAGGAGUUUGGGAUGGACUGAGCUGCUGGCCCAAAGCCACAUUUGGAGAGGUGGUGAUGCUUCCAUGCCCAGGAUUCUUUGAAGACAUCACCAACGUGCAUGGGUUCCUCCACAGAAAUUGUACACCAGACAUUUACUGGUCAGACCCAUUCCCUCCAUAUUCAGUUGCCUGUGGACUUGAAGAAGGUUUUACAAAGGGUCCAGAAGAUCAGAAAUCAUACUAUUCAGUGUUCUGGCACAUCUACACCGCUGGCUAUGCAACCUCUUUGGCUUCGCUCAUUACAGCGCUUCUCGUCUUUGCCUUCUUCCGAAAAUUCCACUGCACACGGAAUUACAUCCACAUGCAUUUGUUCAUCUCGUUCAUCCUGCGGGCGACAGCCGUUUUCACCAAGGACACCAUUUUGUUCUCCGAUGACAGCAUGGACCACUGUCUGAUGUCAACAGUGGCAUGCAAAGCAGCAGUGGCUUUCUUCCAGUUCAGCAUUUUAGCCAACUUCUUCUGGCUGCUAGUAGAAGGCAUGUACCUGCAGACACUGCUGAUGCUGACCUUUGUGUCAGACAGACAGUAUGUGUGGAAGUUCAUCCUGAUUGGCUGGGGAGUACCAGCAACCAUAGCGUCAGCCUGGAUCUUGGCCAGAAUUUACAAACAGAAUACUGGAUGCUGGGAUGAUGACGAGGAGAACUCUGCAGUGCUGUGGAUCAUCAAGGGACCCAUCUUAUUAACCGUAUUUGUGAACUUUUUGAUCUUUCUCAACGUCAUCCACAUUCUGGUGCAGAAAUUAAACUCUUCUUUGGAGGCUGGAGGAAGGCAUUCAAGGCAUUUUGCGAGACUGGCGAAAUCCACCUUGCUCCUCAUCCCUCUCUUUGGGGCUCACUAUGUCGUCUUUGCCUUCUUCCCAGAGAGCACUGGUGUGGUUGCCAGGCUGUACAUUGAGCUGGGCUUGGGCUCUUUUCAGGGCUUUGUUGUUGCUCUUCUGUACUGUUUCUUAAAUGGAGAGGUUCAGGCUGAGUGCAAGAAACGCCUGAGCAAGUGGCACCACCAGCAUUACCUCAGCUUCACACGGAAGCAUCAGAGCCUCUCCAGAGAAAACAGUCCCGUUAACUACGUCACCCAGUUAUCCCUGCUGGACAAAAUCAGCCCCAAAAGAAGCAUCUGUCAGAACGGCCUGUCCUCUGUCUGAAACUUUUGGUCACUGCCUGACUGCCAGGGUUCCUGGGGAAAACCCUGCUCUGAAUGUACAGCUCCGGCACAUUCUGAAGCCAGGGUGGCAACUGCACCAGAACACUUUCGGCCUAGCAAGAGUACUGGAACUGCGAGUGCCCUGACAGUAAAGGCUGAGUCAGGGUCAGGCGACCUCGAGCCGGUUUCUGGUCACUUCUGAGGACUUUAUAUAUCAGUGGCAGCUGCAGCGACUUGUCUAAGAAUCACAUUCCAGUGUCACAGCAAAAGCUGGCUGCUCAGGCUGCUAGUCUCAGCUCAUAACCAUCAGAAUUGAAGUUUGGAACAUAUGGAUGUUUGGUGGGUGUGUGUGUGUGUGUGGAAGGUGGCAUUCUGAUACAGCCAAGAGCCAACAUCUCUAGGGGGUUGGUGCCAUAUGUUCAGGAGGGUGAAAAGGAGCUGUUUCAUCUGGGAGAAGGUUGGAUAAGCUGGUGGUAGUAAAUAAUAAUAAUAAUAAUAAUAAUAAUAAUAAUAAAAUAAAUAAUAAUAAUAAAAAUAAAUAAUAAUAAAAUAAAUAAAUAAUAAUCAUAAAUAACAUUUAUAGAGCACUUUAGACUAGUCAAAGCACUUUGUUUCAGUAAUCAUAGAAAGUGAGAGCUGCAGGGGUAUCAGAAGCCUCUGCUAACCCCUGCUUGAUGCAGGAAAUCCAGAGCUAAAGCCUUCCUGACAGAUGACUGUCCAGCUUCUCCUUGAGAACCUCCAGUGAUGGAGAGUUCCUCUGGUGAUUGAUUUAACUGUCCAAGUGUUCUUGUCAUUAAGAAGUUUCUCCUAAUGUUCAACCCAAAUCUGCCCUCCUGUAACAUGAAGGUAAAAAGGUCAAGUUGUGCCGUUGAGUCAGUAUCGACUCCUGGCAACCACAGAGCCCUGUGGUUGUCUUUGGUAGAAAACAGGAGGGGGUUACCAUUGCCAUCUCCCACGCAGUAUGAGAUGAUGCCUUUCAGCAUCUUCCUAUAUCACUGCUGCCCGAUAUAGGUGCUUCCCAUAAUCUGGGAAACAAAGCAGCAGGGAUUCGAACCAGCAACCUCUUACUCCCUAAGCAAGUUCCUUCCCCGCUGCGCCAUUAUGUAACAUAACCCCACUAGAUUUAAAACUGCCUCUCAGGGUGGCAGAGAUCAAGGCUUUACCCUCUUCAGUGUGACAGCCCUAUUUGUGUACAUCCUUCAUAACCUGUUGCCCGAACUGGACUCUAUACUCCAGAUGUGUUCUGAGUAAUGCAGAAUAAAGUGGAAUGAUUAUA